UCAUCCUUAGGAAGAGUACAAUCUAUGUAUCGUGUGCUCGAUGCCUGGAUGAUGUCACUCGAGUGUUAUCAUCCGCCUGAUCAACAAGAAGGUUAGGAAAGAAACAAAGUAGUGAUUGAAGAAGAAGAUACCACAAAGAUGUUCUCAAGCGGGCCAAACUAUACGAAACUAAAAACGCAUUUGCGUUUAGCUAUUAAUCGAUUGAAGCUGCUGGAGAAGAAGAAGACAGAGCUAGCGCAGAAAGCGCGCCGCGAGAUCGCUGAUUACAUUGCUGCCGGCAAAACGGAGCGCGCUAAAAUCCGAGUAGAGCACAUCAUCCGCGAGGAUUACAUGGUGGAAGCAAUGGAACUACUAGAGAUGUACUGCGAUUUGUUGCUAGCACGGUUCGGUCUCAUCCAACAAAUGAAGAAUCUUGAUGAUGGCCUAGCAGAAGCUAUAUCCACUAUUAUUUGGGCGGCGCCUCGCAUUCAAACAGAUGUCCAGGAAAUCAAAGUAAUAGCGGACAUCUUGACAUCCAAAUAUGGCAGACAAUAUACAGAGGCAUGCAGGGAGGAGGCAAUCCAGACUAUAUCAGAGAAGUUAAAGCAUAAAAUGAGUGUACAGUCGCCUUCCAAACUGCUUGUGGAGAAAUAUUUAAUAGAGAUCGCCAAGAACUACAACGUGGAGUACGAGCCGGACCCACAAGUGAUGGCAGAUGGCCAAGACGCGAUGUUGAUAGACAUAGGAGCAAACGCAGGGGAAUCAAGGAACAAUUUGGAUACAGCUAGCGGAGGAGGAAUCCCUCAUCCGCUCGGUUUCAUAGGUUUUCCACAGCCACCUCUGUUACCUGAUUCUGGAUUUCAUUCUAAUGUGAAUUCAGGAAAGGAUCCUUCAACUUUGGGAUUUGCAUCUCCAACAUCUCCACCUUCCGUUGAAAAAGAUCAGAAUACUGCUUUCAAUCCCGCUGCGUUUUCGUAUAAUAUACCUUUGGACAACGCCAAUUCGAACAAGCCCGAAGAAGACUUACCACCGCCAUACCGACCCGACUUUCCGCCUGACUUAAACAAACAGUCGGAUGAGAAGCCGAAACCACAGCCACGAUCCAAAAUGCCGAUGAACAACUAUCAACUUCCGGAUCUGCCAGCAGUUCCUACAGAAAACAACGAACUACCCGCGAAUCCACCCGAGAACGAUGACAUUGAUUUCGACGACCUCAUGAAGCGAUUCGAGGAUCUGAAGAAGAGGAAGUAGCGCUCGUCGGAUACAAAAGUAAUCUUGUACAUCAUGUAAGGAGCAGAGAUUACUUCCGUUUUUAUUUUCUUAUUACGAAACGAUACUACAUUUAGUUGCAAGCCUUCCACGAAAGGAUGAUGUUUGAGGGGCAAUUUAAUAUAUGCUUUUGCAAUAUAUAUAGAAUAAUAAAAAUAACCUACACAAGUACGCUUUAUCUAUGCGCGAAAGUCGAAUUGUAUAAAUUGUUAUAAUAUUAAUUAAUGUAUAAUAUGUUAUUUAUUGUACAUUUUAUUACAUGUUCCACGGUGUUUUGCUAGAGCUGUAUAUAGUCUCUUUUCAAAUCA